AUGUCUUCCAUCAUCCAAUCCCUCAGCGAUCUAGCCAAGAGCCUCAUCGAAGUUGUCUGGUCUCUCUUCACUACGGCGGGUGACCUUGUGCAAAAGACGGUCGAAUUUGUGCUGCGCUUUUUCAGUGGCGCCAUCAACCUUUUCAUCGAGUUCUUCAAGGGGCUUGUUGAUCUUGCUGGUGGUAUUGUCCAGUUCGUGCUCGGCAACGUCGCGAUGCUCGCCAUUCUUGGGCUCGCCUUCUUCGGAUUCUUGCAGUACCAGCGCAAGCAGGGCAAUACCGUCAAAGUUGGCAACAAGAAGUUGAACUAG